AUGAAGAUCGUUAUUGGAGACUUCAACGCUAAAAUUGGAAAAGAACAACACCUUAGAUACCACGCGGGUGCUGAAAGCCUGCACCACUACACCAGUGAAAAUGGACAGAGACUCUUUGAUUUUGCAGUCUCAGAGAAUCUGUUUAUUUCUAGCACAGCAUUCCCACAUAAAGAAGUCCACAAGCACACCUGGCGAUCCCCAGAUGGAUCUACACAUAAUCAAAUUGACCAUCUACUUGUGGACAAGAGACAUCGCAGCAAUGUGCUUGAUGUGAGAAGCUGCAGGGGUGCAAAUGUAGAUACAGACCAUGUACUCGUCGUGUCCAAAGUGAGACUUCGACUCAGUAAAAGUUUUUAUCAAAAGAAGGAAAACAAGGACUUUAAACUUGACAUUUCUAAACUGAAAAACGACGAAAUUCUUAAAGAGUAUAACAUCAAGCUACCCAACCGACUUUCUGAAGAAAAAGGAAGACCGAACAUUGUUUUUAACUGGAAUACAAUAAAAGAAAUUGUUUUGAAACCUGCAAGUGAUACUAUUCCAGAACUGGGGCGUCCUUCCAAAAACGAAUGGUUCGAUGAAGACUGCCAUAAGGCAACUGAGGCUGUUAAAGAUGCCUUUCAAGCCCUUGAGGCCUUUGCUAUAAAUAUGGGCCUUUCCAUUAACGAAGACAAGACCAAAUUUAUGGAGUUUUCAAGCUCAACUGUAAACUAUAGUGAACCUUUGCAGAUAAACGGACAUUCCUUUGAAAAGGUUAAAGAAUUUAAGUAUCUUGGUACAAUUAUCAAUGACCAAAACAAACUGAAAUCUGAAAUUGACAAUAGAAUCAAUAUGGCCAACAAAUGUUUUUUUGGACUAAAAAGUCAACUAAGAUCGAAUUUUAUUAGCCGAAAAACAAAACUAAAAUUAUAUAAGACACUCAUUCUGCCUGUCUUGCUAUACGGAAACGAAACCUGGACUUUAAACCUUGACGUCCAACGCCCGAUAGAAACGUUUGAAAGAANGCAGAAACAACGAAGGUGA